AUGUCGUACCAUGAUCCCAUCAUUCGCCCCUUCACCCCAUUCCAACCCGCCAACCUGCCAAACCCGCCACGGCGAAAGGCUCACAUGUGGCUCCGCGACGCUCACCAGCUCACGUCCAGGGGGGUGAGCACGGGGGGGAGCAGAGCUGCACCACCGGGGACGUCACUCCGCACUCAAGCUGCCGACAGAGCAGCGGGUGUGGGCAGCGGUCUCCCGCUUCACCACCUCCCCGUAGAACUGGCCCUGUCCAUGAGCUGGGAUAGAAUGGACCGUUUAGGCCGGGGUGGCAGUGGCAGUGGCAGCAGCGGCGGCGGCGGCAUAUUCCUGCGGCCUUACACUCCUGGCGCCGCCAGUGAAGGCGGUCGGUCAACUCUGCCAUAUGACUACGAGCAGUUGCUGUCUCUGGAUGCCGGGGCCUUGCAGCGGGUGGUUCGUCCAGAAGUAAUUCGGGGGCUGCCCAAGCGCACUGCCCAGCGCUCAGACGCUUCCCAGCAGUGCCAUGUGUGUUUGGAGCGCUUUACUCCUGGCCGCACCUCCAUCACCACGCUGCCGUGUACACACGCCUUCUGUUCCGACUGCAUUCGCCCCUGGCUGGCCUCCCACACCACCUGCCCGGUGUGCCGCUGGACCUUCCCUGAGGGGCACACGAAACUGGUGGCAGCGGCAGCAGAGGCGACGGCAGGGUAG